GCUGACAGAUCAAGGCAACAAAUUUCAAUUACAAGCCCUAAUUUGUGUCCGCAGAGCGUUUGUUACCCAUGUCAGCCCUGCCUGGCCCAUCAGACGGGGCAGAACGUGGAGGAGGAGGAGGAGGAGGGGGAGAGAAGGAACGCAUCUGCAGAAAGGAAUAGAUUUUUUUUCCACUUUAAAAAAACCCAAAACAAUCCCCCCCCCCAAAAAAAAAAAAAAAACUUGGCUGAUAACUCGGAUUUAAAAAGAAAGGCGAGGAAAAGCCCCAGCCCCUUGCCUGCGCGGUCGGGAGGACGGGAGGGCGGCCGGCGCGGCGGGCCGGGCGCGGGUGCCGGUGCCGGCGGCCGCGGGGCGGCUGGAUGCGCGGGCUGUAGGGUGGCGGGCAUGGCCGACAAGCGGCGGUCCUCGCCAGGCACCACCAUGAGCCUCAAGGCUCACGCCUUCUCCGUGGAGGCUCUCAUCGGGGCCGAGAAGCAGCAGCAGCAGCAGCCGCCGCCGCCGCCGCGGCAGCCCAAGCGGCGGAAGCUGGGCGGCGAGGACGAGGCGGCGGAGGACGAAGGGGGCAGCGGCUGCUGCACCAAGAACUCCCCCGCCGCUGCCGCCGGCAGGACCUGCGGCGACCUGGACCUGGGCUGCGCCGCCCGCGCCCCCGCCGGCGGCUGCGAGGAGAGCUUCCUGGCGGCCUCCCCGCCCGCCUCCCCCGGCGGCUCCCCCAAGGGCUCACGGCCCGGCUCGCCGCUGCCCACGCCGCAGGCGCCGCGGGUGGACCUGCAGGGCGCCGAGCUCUGGAAGCGCUUCCACGAGAUCGGCACCGAGAUGAUCAUCACCAAGGCGGGAAGGCGGAUGUUUCCUGCAAUGAGAGUGAAGAUCUCAGGUUUAGACCCACAUCAGCAGUAUUAUAUUGCUAUGGAUAUCGUGCCAGUGGAUAACAAAAGAUACAGGUAUGUUUACCACAGUUCCAAGUGGAUGGUGGCUGGUAAUGCUGACUCCCCAGUGCCGCCUCGUGUUUAUAUUCACCCUGAUUCACCCGCCUCAGGGGAGACGUGGAUGAGACAAGUGAUCAGCUUUGACAAACUGAAGCUUACCAAUAACGAGCUGGAUGAUCAAGGGCAUAUUAUCCUUCACUCUAUGCAUAAAUACCAGCCUCGUGUGCACGUCAUCCGAAAAGACUGUGGUGAUGAUCUGUCCCCUGUCAAGCCCAUCCCUUCGGGAGAAGGGGUGAAAGCCUUCUCCUUCCCAGAGACAGUUUUCACGACUGUCACAGCAUACCAAAACCAACAGAUAACUCGUCUGAAGAUCGAUAGGAAUCCAUUUGCUAAAGGCUUCAGAGAUUCGGGCCGUAACAGAAUGGGGCUGGAAGCUCUGGUAGAGUCUUAUGCCUUCUGGAGACCUUCACUGAGGACCCUUACAUUUGAAGACAUACCUGGGAUACCCAAACAAGGAAAUGCAGGUUCCUCUACUUUACUCCAGGGAUCUGGCAGUGGAGUGCCAUCUACUCACCCUCACCUUUUACCGGGUUCCCCUUGCUCAUCUCCAGCCUUCCACCUCAGUCCCAACACUAGCCAGCUGUGUACCCUUGCUCCAGCUGACUACACAGCUUGUGCCCGCUCAGGCUUGACCCUGAACAGAUACAGCACUUCCUUGGCUGAGACCUACAACCGGCUCACAAACCAGACCAGUGAGACCUUUGCACCCCCAAGGACUCCCUCCUAUGUUGGUGUGUCGAGUAGCACAACUGUGAAUAUGUCUAUGAGUGGCAAUGAUGGGGAUGCAUUCAGCUGCCCGCAGACUGGCUUAUCCAUGCAGAUUUCAGGGAUGUCUCCACAGCUCCAGUACAUCAUGCCUUCCCCAUCCAGCAAUGCCUUUACCACUAACCAAACCCACCAAGGCUCCUACAACACGUUUAGACUGCACAGUCCCUGUGCGCUCUAUGGAUAUAACUUUUCCACAUCCCCUAAACUGGCUGCCAGUCCUGAGAAAAUUGUUUCUUCCCAAGGAAGUUUCUUGGGGUCCUCGCCAAGUGGAACCAUGACGGAUCGGCAGAUGUUGCCCCCCGUGGAAGGAGUGCACUUACUUAGCAGUGGGGGGCAGCAGAAUUUCUUUGACUCUAGGACCCUAGGAAGCUUGACACUCUCGUCUUCUCAAGUGUCUGCACAUAUGGUUUGAUGAAGCCUUUAAGUAAAAGUACAGUAUGUUUGGUGUCUACAAUGUAUUUCUUUUGGAAUAUGAAAGGACACUUGAUGUAGCUUGUAAAGUGUGUGUAUAUAUAAUAUGAGAGGAAGUUUCACUGAAAUUUUGACUUGCUUGUGGCCAGAUUAUUCUCCUAUUUUGAGUUACACGGAGUUUGCUGCAGUGCAGAUUGCUUUAGUUUUCUGGUAUAAUACACUUAGUUGUAUAACACGUUGGGACAUAUGCAACAAAUUAAGUAAGACUUCCUCCCCUUUCCCCCUCCUCUGUUCUAACCCCUUUAAAGAAUGAAGUGACACUUGGAGUAUUAAACAACACAAAAAAAGCCCACUUACAUUUCCUAUAGUACUAGUGAGUUUCUUUAAAAGCAUUCAUACAAUAAGCUGAUGCACCAAAGGCAUUUUACAAGUUUAUUCUCUGUUACAAGGGAUACAAAGGGUAUUUGGACUUCUUAGUGUUAAGCAUCAAGCAUCCAGCCUAAACUAGAAGUUUAGCUAAUGGAUUAUUUACAAGGUGAACAGAAAGAUUAGUUUGCCUUCUCAUGGUAUGCUGUUUUUAUCUUAUCAACGGCACAGCAUUCUCACUAGGAUUUGCUUUAUUCAGCAUUAGUCUAGAUUUAUGAUUAUAUAUUUGAAGACAAAUAAUGCAUAUUCAAAUUGUGGUGAUAGGAAUAAUUCAAACCAAGAGCACUAGAAGCAGCAUUCCCUUGUAUGAAAUGAAUGUUGGGGUGCUUAAUUUUUGUCAAAUGUAGGGCUUGAUGCAUUUUUUCCUCCAUAAAUAUUGCCUAUAAGACAUUUACUGGACAGUAGGAUAUUCUAAUGUAUCUUUGUUUUUGUAUUUUUACUUUUUUAAGGGAAAGUGCAGUUUGAUUUAGGAAAAAAAAGUGAGCAGGAUGAUAAAUUCCAUUAUUGGUUUUAGCUGUUUCCUGUGUGUUACGUGUUUUGAGUUUGGUUUUUUUCUUUUGUGUUUGCUUUUUUUUUUUUUUUUUUUAAAGGCAAAAGCUUCUGCAUCCUCAAUAUUUAAAAAAUA